ACAACCACGUGGUGUCGCUUUCCGUGUACGUCACGUCAUAACUUUGGAAGCGGCGUCUCGCUUGAAAGCGGUGUGUGUGUGGCUCCAACAAAAGUAUCCGCGGUCAGGAUCUCACAUACUGCGUUGUGUUUAUCGUGUUGUUGACCUUUUCUCUAGUCGUACGCGAUGUCGUCCUCACUCAAGGUAGACAACGAGCUCAAGUCGAAGGUGGAUGCAUUUCGAGAACAGAUCACAAGCGAGGCAGAGCACCUCGUCGCUAGCUUCUUCCCGUUGAAGCUUCUCGAACUUGACAGUUUUUUAAAGGAGCCCAUACUGAACGUUGAGGACCUGAAGGAGAUCCACUCUGAGAUCGUCGUCAGGGUGCCAGAUCCCAUCCUCUUCACAAACAGUAACCACGGCCUCGACCCGCAAAAUGCCAAGAAGAGGAAGUUGGAGGACGGAGCUGAUGAGAACUGUCGGGACGGCAAAGGAGAGGCCAAGGUGCUGGUGGUGGCGCCGGAGAACAUGAUGCGCUGCAACCGGCGGCUGGUGGAUCUGAUCGAGCGCGUCAAGCCCGAGAUCCGGACGCUCAUUGAGAAAUGCAACACGGUGAAGAUGUGGGUCCAGCUUCUCAUCCCCAGAAUAGAAGAUGGAAAUAACUUUGGAGUCUCCAUACAGGAGGAAACGGUAGCGGAGCUGAGGACAGUGGAGGGGGAGGCGGCUUCCUACCUCGACCAGAUCUCCAGAUAUUAUAUUACCAGGGCCAAGCUGGUCUCCAAGGUCGCCAAGUAUCCCCACGUGGAGGAUUACCGCAUCACGGUGUCGGAGAUCGACGAGAAGGAGUACAUCAGCCUGCGUCUCAUCGUGUCCGAGCUCCGGAAUCAAUACGUGACCCUGCAUGACAUGAUCCUGAAGAACUUUGAGAAGAUCAAGAAACCCAGGAACAGCAACGCCGAAUCUCUUUAUUGAUGACCUCUGUUACCCCCCCCCUACCCCCCCCCCCCCACACACACACACUCACACACACACACACACACACACUGCGUCAAACACUCACACACUCAGGUCUUGCUGUCGGGAGAGUGAGCAUGUGCAGGGCAUGCUUCAUUGACUGCUGCAGCUCAAUUUGGACGGUUUCAUAAACACAGUAGGAACACGGGCACUCACCCACGAUUCACCUCAUCCCCCCCCCCCUCUGUGCGCACCCCCCCCCCGGCCACACAUUAUGUGUAUUAGUUUAAUUUGCUAACCCGCUGCCCUCUUUGGGCCUCUGGAUUCAUUGGUAUUUCCUGUCUGCUUGCGCUCUCAAAACAAGGUGCAUCCACCAGCGGUCUGUUUUCAAGUGGCCAUCCAUUAUUCCCCUUACUCGGCUUCAACUCCCACUCAACUCCCACACGCGCACACAAACAUGCACACACACACACACACACACACGCAGUCUUUGCUAUACAACGUAUAGCGAAACGAAAUGCAGCGAAUGGUUGCCUUUUGUGUAGCUUUCUUCUUUUCGUUCCUCUUUUUAGCCGAUGCCUCGGAGAUGCAUUAGGGGUUAACGUGGGGACCGCGUACCGGCAGUUUGGCGUCCCGGAGCUUUGCGGUGACGUGAUUGCUCGCCGGUGUUGUCAUGUGAACCGUCGUCUCUGUGUAUCUCACGCAGCCAACUCUCCCUCUCUCUCCCCCCUUUCACUCCCUCUCUUGCUCUCCGUCUCCCACUCUCUCCCCUUCCUUCCCCCCCCGCUCUCCAGCAGGCCUGGUUCGGGAGAAGGCCAAACACAUUACGAACUGAGCUAGGGGCGGCGGGGAAUGAUAGACGGUACCUAAAACUGCCCUUUUUUUCCCCCCUCAUGGUUUUUAAUCAGUAAAGCAGAUUUCUGUGGAUUUCCGGUACUUUUUAGUUUUUGUAGGCUUUCCAGUGUAUUCCGAGGCAUGUGUGUGUGUAGUGUUCCUGCUUCCCCACCUCCCCCCCGGACGCGUGAGGUCGAGGGUGAGCCGUGAACAGUGUGUAGCGUCUGAACGCUCUGUGUGCGAUCUGUUCCGCCGUUCGACACGAGUGCGGUCGCGCCAAGUGUGCUGACCAGAGUGUCUCAUUGUGUUUUUUUUUUUUUUUCAUUAUUUGUAUUAUUUCAGUUGAGAAACUUAAUGUUGCCAUCGGUAGAGUGCACCUUUGUGGCGUGCUUCUUUUAAAUAAACUCAAAUCAAAUCCAGUCUUUUCGUGUCAUGAUGUGACCACUGCUUAAAGCUGCACCUUUGACCUUCACAGGUCACCCCCACACCAAGAUGUCAUGUUUGGUUUUUAUGGCCCCUUUUAUACCAUCUUCCUGUGUUUUAGUGAUCUCCCAAGUUGGCGUGUCAACCUAUACAGUGGAGAGAACAAGUAUUUGAACUGACUGAGUUCAGCUACAGUUAGGGUUGCCACCUUGGAUUUGGGGAAAAAAAGGGACACUCGAUCAAAUGUUUGGGGCGGAGGGCUCGGCCAUUAUUACCAGUUCAGACUGACCAAUGAACAUACAAUUCGGACAAAGGAGACGGAAACAAAGUCAUGUUAAUAAAUGUAUUUGUUCAGGGGUCACCAGGGAGGAUGUACACCAGCAGAUAAUUUCAGUCCAGCAGCCAUGUGAACACACUAGACUAGAACACAGAGAGACAUCACAUGAGAAUUGAUCACAAACUUUCAACAUUGCUAUUAUUUCAACAUUUAUAUUUUUGUACUUGUUUGUUUUGGUGUUGUGAGUGUGUGUGUGUGUUUGAUUAUACGUCUGUGAUUGAUUAGAUUAGUAUGUGUUUAUGUUUGUACGAGACUCGAAAUGCUGUUUAUGGACUCCAGGAAGAAUAGCUAUGCUACUGUGCUGCUGCAAAUGGAUAUCCAAUAAAAAAUUAAAUCAAUAAAUCAAUAUGGGCUAUUGGAA